GAGCAAUCAUCGAGCUGGAGGAGGCGAAAGCAGCGUCUGGGGGACUUCUCUGCCUGUCUGCUGGCAACCUGAUUGACUAAUAUCACCACCGCCCAUAAAGCAUCCAGGAAAUGAAGCGAGCUUCUACAAGCUGAGCCCUUCUCUCCCGUUCGGUCCGGUUUCUCCGCUGCAGUCGUGAUUUGGUCCGGGGCCAGCUCUAUUCCGUUAUUAGACUUUUUUCAUGCGUAGCAUCAACUUAGCUGCUAUUUUACCUCCUAACACUCCCCAGUUUUAACCGAAUCCGCGUUCAUUUAGAUCCACUGACUCCCGUUCACCCGGAAAAUGGCAACCACGAUCGAUAAAGAGGCUUGCAGAGAAGCUUACAACCAAGUCAGAGAUGACAACACGGAGACCAACUGGACUGCCUUUAAAUAUGAGGGCUCUACAAUCGUUCCUGCAGGACUUGGGACUGAGUAUGAGGACUUCAAGAAGCUGUGCACAGACGACACUCGUCUGUUCGGCUUCGUCCGCAUCACGACGGGAGAUGCCCUGAGCAAGCGAGCCAAGUUCACCCUCAUCACCUGGAUCGGCGAGAACGUCAGCGGGCUGCAGCGCGCCAAGAUCAGCACCGACAAGACGCUGGUCAAAGACGUUGUGCAGAAUUUUGCCAAGGAGUUCAUGAUCAGCGACCCGCGGGAGCUGGACGAGGACUACAUCCGUAAAGAGCUGAAGAAGGCCGGCGGAGCCAACUACGAUGCUCAGGCCGAGUAGAGACAUGCCACGGUCCACUGGGAGCAACUGGGUCAGGGGAUGGGGGGGGGGGAGAGUUGAGGCAGAGCUGCUACCUCUUGGGGAGAGGGCGAGGUGGGAUGGAGAGGUCUGUUUUUCACCAGUUAAUGGGCCUUUUGAAGCUGCUUUAUUCAGACCAGAGGUUGUGCAGGUCUGCAUCUGGUCUCAUCCUAAAAGCUUAAGUAGACGGAGACUGGACUCAAUUUUCUUUUCAACUCCUGAAUCCUUAGUCCUCUUGGAUGAGAGGAGGAACACCCUAGAGAAUCCAAACAAGUCGUUUUGCCUUCUGCUUGGAUCACGUUGGCUUGUCUGACUGAGAGUCCAGAUUAUUUCCUGUAUGAGUUUGUGUAGGAGGAUUAAAAGGUUGCCGGGGGCAACCCACAGCUGGCAGCCACACAAAGACUCAACAAAACUAACUGUUGAACGAAGAGUUUGCUUCUUUCUUUCCCUUGAGAAGAUUAGGAUUGUUUUUACAUCUUUGUUAGCCAACAGCUGGUUAGCUUAGCGUAGCACAAAGACAGGAGCCAAGGUGACGAAGCUAACCUGGAUCAUAACUCCCUAUCCUUAAUUUACAUGUUGUUUUGCUUGUUUUGUACAUAAAAUGAAUCCAUAAACAUGAACGAGGUUAAAGCUUAUCUUUAGUCUUUAUGUUAAGCUAAGCUUACUGACUUUGCAGAAAAAGUUUGAAGUGGCCAAAAUAUUCGGUUUUGUCCUGUAAAUUAGAAGCUUUUUCUUUAAGGACUAGAUCUAGCAGACAAUGUGUGCUAAAGUGGUUCUGUUAAAACCCUGAAUGAAGACUUUGUGGUCCUCACGGAGGCAUCAUUAAAAGCCAGUUUCUAAGUGCCCUCAAAGACAGACUUCUCUCCUUUCUGGCCCUCUCCCCAGUUAGCCUGUGGUUGGUUCUACUGUGCUGUGAAUUAUCAUCUCACUGUCUUCAUCUCAGCUCCGCCCACAGAACAAAAUGAAGUCGCCUUCAAGGCUGCAGCACUGUUCGUUCAGAAAACCGAAGGGUUUCACUUCAGGACGUCCUGAGACCGGAUGUAGUUAGACCUCAUUUUGAAAUGUCCCCCUUCGCCUGCAGGCAUGUGUUUGGCACCAGAACAUGCUCAGUCAGGACACACCAAACCUCCGGGGAGGAAAGAUCUCCAUUUUCUGGCUGCAUCCUUGGUGAUGGUUGGUGGCUCGAUUUUAGACGUGAGUGCACAUUUAUCCGCCUCUUCAUCUCCAGCCAGACGGCUGUGUUUGGAUUACAGCUGCACGUCUUCCUGCUGGGAUGUGGAUCCUUUUUAUCCCACCAGCUUCUGCUGGAAUCAUUCAGCGUUAGCAGCUCAGAGCUGGUUAGAUGAAGGAGGAAGACUAAUUUGCCUCAAACACACAAGUAUUGAUUGAUCCACAGAACCUUAAGAAUGCUGGAGAAUGGAGGUCUUUUCUUCUGGUGUCUCAUCUCACUUUCUACACGUCUACAUUCACACUGUAACCUACUGUGUUUGACUGCCUUAGUCUCCCAUGGAGAGAGGGGCAUCAUGGGAGCUUGUGGACACUACACUGUGAUUGGCUGUCCUUUUGAACAUGGCACAGGAUGAGGGUUCAGGCUCAUCAUCACAACCCAGGAGGAGCCAUUUCUCAGUUGUAGCAUCUCUUUUUAUGUAGUUUCAACCCUCCCUUCCCCCAACAAAAAGAAAAUAAAUUAGGUUUUUUUCUCUUGUACUUUUCUUGUUUGUGUGUUUUUGUUUUUGAGAUAAAUUUUAUUUUCUCUGAAGAGUUUUACCUGAUGGUUUUUUUUUAAAGAUGUUAUCUUGGACAUUGGUGAAAAACAUUUCCAGAAAAUUGUGCAAAAAAAGGCAGAAAGCAGAACGGGCACACGGUCAGUGGUUUCAGAAUAAAAGUGGACGUUUUGUUUUUC